CUUUUCUUGCUGGGCUCUUUAUUCUGUCGUUACUUAGUACGGAUACGCUGCCAGUCGCUCUUUAUUCUACGUUUUUUAGUGCAGUAUUUAUCUGAGACCUCCAAAAAAAACCACCAAAAUGCCCCGCCUCCUAACCCUCACCACCCUCCUCACCACCCUCUCCCUCCUCACCUCCUCCCAAGCCCGCACCGACCUCGAAGGCUGCACCUCCACCGCAACCCGCAACCAAUGGAACGAGGCCUCCGUCCUCUGGUACGUCCCCGGCACCGGCGAAAUCUGCGACUUCCCAGACUGCGGCGGCGGUCGCGCCCCGCCCAAGUACGAUAACCCGGCUUGUCCGGGCUAUACGGGGUCGGCGAGUUACGAGCCGACCUUCCUGCCUGGAUUCGGGAAGGCUACUGCCACCGCUACUGCCACUGCUUCUGCUGGUGGGGAUGCGGAUGAUGAUGAUGCUGCCCCUACUGCGGGCGCUUCUGCUACCGGCGGGACUAGACCUGGUGUGACUGGGUUUGUGUCUGCCACGGGCAAGAGCGUGGCUGGUUCGGCUUCCGGCUCUGCUACUGCUUCUUCUUCGGCGGCGGCUUCGCCGUCUGGGUCUUCUAGGGCGGGUGUGACGAAGUCGGCGUCGACUUCGACUGCUUCGUCGGCGAAGACUUCGUCUUCGCCGACGGACGGCUCGGUGCCUACUUCCAAUGCUGCUGCGGGUGGGUAUGCUCGUAUUGGGGGUGGUGUUGUUGGGGUGGUUGCUGCUGCUGUUGCGCUGUUGUAAGGGGUGGCAUGUUUGUAUCUAAUGUUGGAUUGGCUGGUCGGAAGGGGAGGGGUGUGUUGUUGGUGUUUGGUAGUGGGUAGUUGGUAAUUGUAGUGAGAAGUUAAUGUGACCUUUGUCUACAGAGAUUAUGUGCAUAUGGUACAUGUAUAUGAAUCUUAUCAAUCUAUGUACAACGAAAAAGACAAACAAGUUGCUAUCUAUUCGGGUUAGCGAUGGUCACCUUCAAAUUCUGCCUUGCUGUUCUAUCAGUAGACUGACUGACUGCAAUGGAACACCGAAUAAACCGCACGAACCUGUUCAAGAAUACUCUCACUGCGUCGAGGCUGUUGAA